CUAAUUAACAUACAAUAUACUGAUAUCCUGCUUCACAUGUUUCUGGCCUAUACAUAUUGAUUCAACUAACCUUCUAGUCAAUCUUCAUGCUUAGAAGGUGCUCUGGCUAUCCAGUUUGUGUAAUCUUCAAAGGUUUUCAGCUCUCAUUGGAUAAAAUGGUAGGUGAACCAGUAAAUGUGAAUGAGUUCCAAGAAUUGGCAAGGGAAGCCCUUCCAAAAAUGUACUAUGAUUUUUAUGCUGGUGGAGCUGAGGAUCAGUACACAUUAAAAGAGAAUGUGGAAGCAUUUCAUAGAAUCAUGAUUCGGCCUAGAACUCUUGUGGAUGUAAGCAGAAUAGAUAUGUCAACUACUGUAUUGGGGUACAAAAUCUCAGCACCAAUUCUGAUUGCUCCAACUGCCUUGCAUAAGUUGGCACACCCUGAAGGAGAGGUUGCCACAGCCAGAGCAGCCGCUGCAUGUAAAACCAUAAUGGUUCUAUCCUUUACUUCGUCUUGCACUGUAGAGGAGGUUGCUUCUGGCUGCAAUGCUGUUCGGUUCUUUCAAUUAUAUGUAUACAAGAAGCGAGAUAUAGCAGCUGUGUUGGUGCAGAGAGCUGAGAGAAAUGGAUACAAGGCUCUUGUUUUGACUGUUGAUACCCCCAGACUUGGUCGAAGGGAGGCAGACAUAAAGAACAAAAUGGUUGCACCUCGACUGAAGAAUCUUGAGGGUCUCUUAUCAAUUGAAGCUGAUUCUGAUAAUGGCUCAAACUUAGAAGCUUAUGCCAAGGAGACAAUGGAUGCUUCCCUUUGUUGGAAGGACAUAGAAUGGUUAAAAUCAAUUACAAACAUGCCAAUUCUCAUCAAGGGAGUACUUACUGGUGAAGAUGCAAUAAAGGCUGCAGAAGUAGGUGUUGCAGGGAUUAUGGUCUCCAAUCAUGGAGCUCGCCAACUUGAUUAUACGGAUGCAACUAUUAAUGUUCUGGAAGAGGUGGUUCAUGCUGUCAGAGGAAGAGUUCCUGUCUUCUUUGAUGGAGGAGUACGGCGAGGAACAGAUAUCUUCAAGGCAUUAGCCCUUGGUGCACAAGCCGUCCUUAUUGGAAGACCUGUUAUAUUUGGUUUGGCAGCAAAGGGUGAAUAUGGGGUGAGACAAGUCAUCCAAAUGCUGAAGGAUGAACUAGAGCUCACCAUGGCACUAUCUGGCUGUCCUAGUGUGAAAGACAUUACUAGACACCAUGUGAGGACUGAGCGUGAAAGACUCCAUACAAUGCUUUAAUAACAUAUUGAAGCAUUAGGGCAAUAUCCUGGACAAAAAAUGAUUCAGAUCAUUAAUUUAAUCAUAUAUGAGACUGUCAAUUAAACUUUUUGCGUUGCUUACUGAAUGUAGCACCAAAUUCAUUACAUCAUCUUUUAAUUAGUAGGACCUACCUUAUAGGAUAUGAAAAGCAAGCUAUUUUAGAGAGAAAAGUCUAGAUUCAAUGUACCUCUGAAUUGUAUUAUUGAUUCACACACUAAUAAGAUUACAAGUAAUGAGAUAUUUAUACA